UUUCUUUCCUUUCUUUCCUUUCUUCCCUGACUUCGGCCAUAAACCCUAUCGCAUUUGAUUCUAUUUGUCUGAUUCUCUCACCUCCCAUAACGCAGUUCCAAUUAGGAAGACUAGACAACACAUGGCUGCUGUCUCUGACUCGUCAGAUACCCAAAACCAAUGGGAAUUCAGCUGUGACUUGGAGGUAGAUUUUGAGUCUGAAGAGAAUUCUUCAAUAGUCUACGCUGCAUUGGCUGUUGAUAAGGAGUUGCAACCAGACAAAGUGAAGAGGCAAAUGUCAAUCUCUGAUGGGAAACUCUCAGUGCACUUUGAAGCAGUUGAAGCAAGGUUUCUCCGUGCAUCGUUUUCAGCUUUUGUUGAUGUACUCACACUUGCCACAAAAACAAUUGAAGAACUAGGGCCAGGAAUGGAAUUGUGAUACCUGAUUAUUGCAAUUUUACCAUAAACGCUGUGGAUUUUGGCAUUAAUGUAUUCUUUUUCUUUUUUGUACUUUAUCUUUGGAGUCUUCAUGAUAUACAUGGAAUUUUAAUUAGGAUGUAACUUUAACUUUUACCGCACCAUCAUUAUCUUGUAGGUUUUUCCUUAUGAAUAUUGAUCAGCUUUAGAAAUGCUUUAUAUAUGGAACUUAGAGAAAGCUACGCCAAAUGCUUCUUUUCCCCACCUCCUUUUUGUGUUACUAGAAAUUGUUAGGCUGUAUGACGACUGAACUGCCAGGAAUGAAGAGAAAUUAUUUCAGUGUAUCCAACUAUAUUCACUUGAAUGAAAGUGGUUAUUUUUAUCCCAACUACUCAAUUUGAUC